AUGGUCAGCACCCGUUCAACAGUGCAGAAAUUGAUUCCACUUGAUCCAGAACUUGAGCAGAAUUUAAGGAGGAGGCGCAGAGAGCAAAAUUUGCAGCGGGUUCGUCCACUGCAGGAAACAUUUCUGGACACAGUAUCUACUGGGGACCUGCACAACAAAGACAAAAUGGCGUUCGUAAUUCCAGAGACAGGUCUGCCCCUGGGUGAUUCACUGACUGCCCAUACAACAAAUAUACCCAGUUGCAUUACAUAUCCGGCAGUGGAAGAAGGGAUUGCAUUUGAAAUAAAACAGCACAUGUUGAAUAUUCUACCUACUUUUCAUGGGAUAUCAUCUGAUGAUCCUAACAUGCACAUUGCAGAAUUUUUAAUGGGGUGCAAAAACAUUUUGGUGAGGGGUUUUUCAUCCGAAUCUAUUAAGCUGCGUUUAUUUCCAUACACUCUGAAAGAUCAGGCCAGGAGAUGGCUCCUCACACUCCCAUCUGGAAGCAUUACAACUUGGGCCCAACUUAGUGAAAAAUUUUUAAACAAGUAUUAUCCGGCUUCUAAGACCCCUGACAUGAGAACUCAGAUUUUAUCUUUUGCCCAAAAACCAAAUGAGGAGUUUCAUGAGGCAUGGGAGCGGUUCAAAGAGUUGACUAGAAAAUGUCCGCAUUCGGGUAUUAACACUACUGAUCAAAUGCAUAUAUUUUUCAGAGGGUUGAAUAUGACUACAAAAACUCUUGUCAACGCAUCUUGCGGAGGUUCGUACAAGGAUAAAAAUGCACAAGAGGCUUGUUUGUUAUUUGAAAAAAUGGCAGCAGAUACACAACAGUGGGCAGUUGAGCAGCCACAAUCUAGGUCUGUUUUUGAGAUGUCUAACGGUUCUCAAGUUGCUGUACAGCAGCCCUUACAAUCUGCCUGCAGCAUUUGCAGCUUGACAAAUCAUGAUUUUUUGAGCUGUCCACAUAAAGAUGCUUAUCCGGAGUUUAUGGCGGAGCAGGUUAAUUCAUUCAAUAAUUUUCAAAGUCCCAGAUAUGACCCGUAUUCAAAUUUCUACAACCCAGGUUGGAGAGAUCAUCCGAAUUUAAAGUGGGACAAAGAUCAACACACUAGGCCUCAAUUUCAACAGCAGGUACCACAACAUGCUGCACCUAAGGCUGCUUGGGAAGUUGCAAUUGAAAAAUUAGCAAAUACUACCAGUCAAGAAAUCCAAAAUCUGCAUGAAUCAAUGAAAAAUAUGGAAAAACAAAUUGGGCAAAUUGCUUUGCAGGUUUCAGAAAGGGCACCAGGUUCAUUUCCUAGUCAAACAGUACCUAAUCCAAGAAGACGAGAAGAAUGCAAUGCUAUACGGACUCUACGGUCUGGCAAAAGUUACAACAACAGCCAUGAAAAUUCUGUUGGGAAUUCGCAGGCAGCAGAACAACCCCAAACUAAAUCUGCAAUUUUUGCAGAUUCUGAAAUUUCUGCAGAUUCUGGGAAGUCCCAGGACAGAUCCGAAAAUACUGCAGAAGCUUCCACAAAGACUGCAGAACGUGUUUACGAGCCCCCUAUGCCAUAUCCAGAAAGGUUGAGACCUAAAGCUAAAGAUCAACAGUUAACAGAUUUUAUGAAGACUUUGUCUAAGGUUCAGAUUAAUCUGCCGUUAAUUGAUGCCAUCAAGAACAUUCCGUCUUAUGCCAAGUUUUGA